AUGGCCCCCCAGACCACCAAGAGGCGCAAGAUGCGACCUUACGAGAGAAAGGCACAGAUCAUCGAACAACUGGGCUUCGGGCGUGGGCAAGCUUUCAACAAAUGGCGCGCGAGCAACCUAGUGAAGCCCUACUGGGAAAGAUUCAGCAGAUACUUCAUGAAUUCGUUUCCCAUCAAAUCCGGCAAAAAGGGUACGAAGUUCGUCCACCUCUACACUCGGAUGAUCAACGGCGAGAAGGAUGGCUGGGGGACAUUCUCCGCCCGCGUCGACCGUCAAUACACUACCGAUAUCGACUGGCAUGCAUGGCUUUUAUAUUGCCUUGUCGACCAGAACGCGAAGGACAGAAAUGGUUGCUUCUAUACGAAGGGGCUUGAGAAAUUGGCAACAUACCAAAGCAUGUGGGACUUCAUCGCCUUCGAGAAGCGGCAACGCGCACGGAACAAGGGCAAAGGCGCUGCCAGUUCAUCAAAUACCGGACCAUCCUCGUCCAAACAACUAGACCUCCACGAAUCCACCUCAUCUGCGGAUGUGUAUGAGCAUUGCCUCCAUCCCGACGAAGGUGUUGCUAGCAUCUUCUGGGUCGAAGGUAGGCCGGGAGCUUUGGAAGAAGAUGAAGGAGCAUCCAUUCGAGCAACUGUCCAGGGCUUUUGUGGCAUGACUGAAGUUGAGUUUGAAAGAGCGGUCAUGGACGUCUUUGAUCUACGUAGCCACCAGCAGAUCGUGGUGGAGUUGGAUGCCUGGAGGGGUUUGACGUACAUCGGCGCUCAAAAGUACCACGAAACUGAAAAAAAAUAA